AAAUGAAAUCCACUGAACAGAACAUUAAAUCGCGUGUCCGCCUAUAAAUCCGCCAUCGGUCCAAUCUGCAGAGCCCUUUUAUCUUGUACCAAUCACCGGGCUUCACUUCACCAUGCAAUUCCCUUGGACACAGUCUCUCCCAGUUCCGGUGUAAUUCUUAAACCCACUUCUUGGAAACUCCAUCAUCAUGGUGUACUACUGAAUGGCCAUUGAAGUUUUCUUGGAUUAAAUCCCGAUAAUAAUCUUUCCCAAAGUUCUGUGCUUUGCUUGUGGUCCGGGCAAUGGUUUCCGUGGAAGAUUCUCGCUCCAAUUCGAGCCGCUUGCCCACAACGCGGCCCUUCUACAGUCCGUUUUCUGUGUCUUCUAGUAAGAUUCAGAGGUCUCUGGGCCGGUCCAUGCGCACCGUCCGCUCCAACUUCUACCAGACCGACCACAGCUGCUCCUUCCCAGGCUCAGCCGCUGAGAAAUCGGUUUGCGUGUCUGAGAAUCUGACCGAUUCCGUCAUCGACUUGCGUCUUGGCGAGCUUGCGGCUCGGAAUAACCAGUCCGUUAAGUCAUCAUCGUCGGAAGAUGAAUUUCUUGACCUCUCUCAGGCCUUUAGUGAUUUCUCGGCGUGUAGCAGCGACAUCUCCGGCGAGUUACAGAGGUUAGCUUGUGUUCCGUCGUCGGAGAAUGUCUCCGAUCCAAAUCCGGAGCCUGAGGCGGAGCCUUGCACGGGGUUUCUAGAACGCGAGACUUUCUCCACUGAGAUUAUCGAGAGUAUAUCGCCUGAGGAUCUCCAGCCGACGGUGAAGAUCUGCAUCGACGGCCUCCAGUCGCCGUCGGUUGCCGUGAAGCGCUCUGCGGCAGCGAAGCUCAGGCUCCUGGCAAAGAAUCGGUCGGAUAACCGAGCGUUGAUAGGCGAGUCCGGGGCUGUUCCGGCAUUGAUUCCCCUGCUCAGGUGUACGGAUCCGUGGACGCAAGAGCACGCCGUGACGGCUUUGUUGAAUUUGUCGUUAUACGAAGGCAACAAGCCACUCAUCACCAGCGCCGGAGCCAUCAAAUCGCUAAUUUACGUGUUGAAGACAGGUACCGAGACGUCAAAGCAGAACGCGGCCUGUGCUCUGCUGAGCUUAUCUUUGAUCGACGACAACAAGAUGUCAAUCGGCGCGUGCGGAGCGAUUCCUCCGCUGGUUUCGCUGCUGAUUCACGGCUCGAAUAGGGGGAAAAAGGACGCCUUAACGACGCUGUACAAGCUCUGCUCGGUGAAGGUGAACAAGGAGAGGGCGGUGAGCGCCGGAGCGGUGAGACCCCUGGUGGCGCUGGUAGCGGAACAGGGGACGGGGCUUGCGGAGAAGGCGAUGGUGGUUCUGAGCAGCUUGGCAGCGAUUCCGGAAGGAAAGGCGGCGAUUGUGGAGGAAGGGGGGAUUCCGGCGCUUGUGGAGGCGAUCGAGGACGCUUCGGAUAAGGGGAAGGAGUUCGCAGUGUUGACCCUGUUGCAGUUGUGUGCUGAUAGUGUGAGGAACAGAGGUUUGCUCGUCAGGGAAGGCGGGAUACCUCCUCUAGCGGCGCUUUCGCAGACUGGUACUGCAAAAGCCAAGCACAAGGCUGAAACUCUGCUGAGGUAUUUGAGAGAACCGAGGCAAGAAGCUUCUACUUCAAGCCCUUAGAGAGAGGUAUAUUAAGUCUCGUGUUAUACUAAUUACUGGGGUUUGGCUGUUGAUUGUGUAUAGUAAGUGUAUUGAUGAUGGUUUGUACAGAGCGGUUGAGGAAUUUGCAAGUUUGUGAGCAGGAUUCACGAUUUCUUACACUGAUGUUAGCUAGAGAGGGAAAGCUGACAUUUUUGUUGUAUGAAUAUGUCAACUAGGUUUUUGGGUUUCUGUUUUCCUCCUGCCCCCAGUUCUAGUGUUUUUUGUCAGAAGGGUGAACCUACUUGGCUAUGAGGUUUUCUGAUUAGGCGCUAUCACUUGCGCCUUCGCCGAACUUGUCCCUGGGUCAUUACUAUGGAGGUAAAUCAAGGAUGUGCCUGGUGACCAGAGUUUGAAGUUGUUUCCAUUGGCACUUACAAGGAUUACUCCUAGAAGGAUGCAGAUUUGCAGCCUCCAGCAUGACUUUACAGCUUCCUCUUUUGCCAUCCAGCUAUGCCCCUGGAGGCCAAUGCGACGGCUAUGAGGUUUUCUGGGUUGGUGAGGAUUUAGGUUAUGUUUUGUUUGGAUGAUCCAAAUUCUGGUGAAACAGAAGAUUAGUAGUUUGUUUGUCAGCCCAUAUUGAAGGAAAGCAAAACGUUUAGCCCCGGGCUGGUGGGGGAAGGGGUGGUGUUAUGACUGUAGAUUGUUCUAUUUUCCUACUAAAAGGUUUGCUUUUACCUAUGCCA